AUGGCUAGAAGAGAUCUUUUCCUAAACCCAGCAGCCUCGGGGCACAGGCAUUUCGCUGUUAGAUUGGUGAUCGUCAUAACCGAUGGCGGUUCGAACAUCCAAUCGGAUCAGACCGUAGUACAAGCAACCCUGCUGAAAAAAUAUGGAACAGAAGCUCUGGUCCUUCCUGCGGGAAAUUAUUUUGGAGCGUUAGAGCGCAAGGAAAUAAACAGCAUUGCCAGUUACCCUCCGAAGGAAAACGUAUUUUAUCUUCACAACUUUCAAUAUAUGUUAGCCGUCGUAGAAAUGGCUGUUAAAAUCUCAUAA